AUGCCUGGCGAGAUGAUCCCGAUAGCGGGCGCGCCGUAUAAGCGCGUGUGCUACUUCUUCGACUCAGAUGUCGGCGGCUUCCAUUACGGGCCUGGGCAUCCCAUGAAGCCGACUCGUAUCCGAAUGUGCCACUCUCUUGUCAUGAACUACGGCCUGUAUAAGAAGAUGGAGAUUUUCCGCGCCAAACCGGCGACAAAACGGGAGAUGACGCAGUUCCAUUCGGAUCAAUACAUCGACUUUCUCAGCAAGGUGACGCCAGCAAACGCCCAUGCCUUCCACAAGGAGUCGUAUCAGUGUAACGUCGGCGACGACUGUCCGGUAUUCGACGGCCUAUUUGACUAUUGCUCAAUCUCUGCUGGUGGCUCCAUGGAGGGUGCGGCACGAUUGAGCAGAGACAAGUGUGACAUUGCUAUCAACUGGGCCGGAGGUCUUCACCAUGCGAAGAAGGGCGAAGCCAGUGGCUUCUGCUAUGUCAAUGACAUCGUCCUGGGUAUUCUCGAGCUCUUGAGAUACCAUCAACGAGUACUAUAUAUCGACAUCGACGUACAUCAUGGUGAUGGUGUAGAAGAAGCUUUCUACACAACAGAUCGGGUCAUGACCGUCAGUUUCCACAAGUACGGCGAGUUUUUCCCAGGAACUGGAGAGCUACGAGAUAUCGGUAUCGGUAAGGGGAAGCACUACGCUGUGAACAUACCCCUUCGUGAUGGAAUCAACGACGAAAAUUAUAAAAGCGUUUUUCAACCGGUUAUCAAACAAGUGAUGGCGACGUACGACCCUUCUGCGAUCGUCUUGCAAUGCGGUACAGACUCGCUGGCUGGAGACAAGCUCGGAGUGUUCAAUUUGUCCAUGAGAGGACAUGCUGCAUGCGUAGACUUUGUUAAAUCACUCGGAAAACCUCUGCUUCUCCUAGGUGGCGGUGGAUACACUAUGCGCAAUGUAAGCCGAGCUUGGGCGUUUGAGACAGGUUUGGUGAAUGGCGUCGAAUUGGCCCCAGAGAUCCCCGUAAACGAGUACUAUGAGUACUUCGGUCCCGACUAUCAGCUGGAUGUCAAGCCGACCAAUGCGGAAGACUUGAAUACGCCACAAUAUACGGAGCGUAUAAGGACCUUCAUCAUGGAGCAGCUUCGCCAGAUACAAGGCCCUCCUAGUGUGCAGAUGCAAGAAAUCCCCAUUGGUCCUCUUGACGAAGUAAUGGAUGAUCCGAACAUGGAUGAGGACAUGCUCGAUCCUGAUGAACGGCGCCCCCAAGCGACGCUCGAUGCACGCGUACAAGAUCCCCGAGAGUUUGAAGACUCGGAUGACGAGGGAGAGGGAGGGGACCGCAAUCAUGAGUCGAACAAGAUCAAAGCCGGAGGUAUACAGACAGUCUCUGGCGGAGCGGGGCCGAGUGUUACCACAGGCGUGGCACCUGGUGUGCUUGCAGCUGCCGCAGCAGCUAUGGAUGUAGAUGGAGGUGGCUCAGCCGCUCCGGUGAAGCCAAGAGGAGAUGUCCCAACGCUAGAUGCUGAGCUCGAGAUAUCUGAUACUCCGCGGGGUCCUGUUUGA